GGGUUAUCUGGUUCUAGCGACAUUUGCCCCUCUUCCUAUAUCUACAGCCCAAGCGCUCGUCAAUCUUUCGAUCAAUACUCUCUUGCAUACUCUUGAUAUAUAUCUUGAUAUUCGUACCUACAGUCUCGGUACAUUCCUGGUACUUGCCUGAGAGUGAAUCCAUCUAUCAAUUCAUCAGUUCAGACUACACCAUGGGGUCUCUAGUUGCCGACCUCGACCUUGAUGUCAGUCCCGUGCAGCGCUCCAAGGAAGAAAAUCAAGAACGUGCAUUCGUCGCCGCCUCCCGGCGCAAAGACCGCAGUCUCGAUGCGCGACUCGAAUCUGCAAAUCGAGCCUCGAUGCUUCACAAGAAGCGGACCGGCAAGGCUCUGCACAUCACCAAGGAGAUUGUCGAGAAAGAGGCCAUGUACGAGGAAGUGGAUGAGCGGUAUCAAGAGAAACGCCUGAGUAUACUCAAAGCUCACACUACUCAAUUGGAAGCUCAAUUCCAUCGCCACCUCAUGGCUACCAUGGCCAUGAACAAUAAUGCCAGACAUCAGCAGCAUCAAGCACGCAUUUCUCCCAACGGUGGUAUUCAGAAGAUGCGCAAUUCUUCUGUAGGCUCAGCCUCGGAUUAUUUCGGACAACUCAACAGCAAUAAUCUGCACAUUCAGGCCGCGGCUCCAGUCUCGCCUACUACCAGCUCAUCUAAUGUACCGAGCCCGACGAGCCCCGUGAUUGACAUGUACGGCAACACCUCCUCAUCCUCAUCUGACACGUCUUCAUUCGCACAGACACCGGCGAGUGGCUGUUUCGUGUCGACACCCAUGGCAUGUCCCCAAUACGUCGACACGGGCUUGAUGUCACCUUCCGUCAGUCCAAGAAAUAGUACCUACCAGCAAUGUCUUCUGAAUCCAAUGCAGUCUGUGCACAUGAGAUCCGCCUCUACAGCACAAGUUACGACUCCCGCCCCAGCUCCCUAUCCGCGACAGCGGUUCGCAUCGUAUCCUGAUGCGUUUAUGCUUCAAACACCUCAAGAAGUAGUUCCACAGCUCAGCGCUGCUUCGUACGUCAAUUUUCGAGCAAGCUCUGAGCCAUCCAGUGACCUUUUAGCUACUCCAUCGCCAACUGGGCCCCUCAUGACGACAACCGUGCAAGAAAAUGGUCUUCUACCAAGCCCUGCCCUUUCGCCACCGUCAAUGACAGUCGGUUCCUCGCAAGAUACUAGCUGUGACAACACCCAAUACUCGACACAAGCAGCAGCAGCACCACCCCCACCACCUGCACAAGUCCAAUUCAACGAUACAGAACUAUUCAAACAGCAGCCACUACUGGGGUCGUCCGAAGACCCAGACCCAGAUUUCAACGAAUUCGUGAACUUUGCAACUAACAUGGAAGAUCAAUGGCAAUAUGCCAUGGGCGGCAAUGCUCCUUUUGAGGAAUUUAUGAAUUUGGAGAAUCUCGAUUGUGAAUUGGCUCAUUCUGGCUUGUAUCGGUAGUGUUUCAAUAUUGCUGCUGUUUGAUUUACGAAAAACUUGCUAUCUGUUGUCUGAUCUACUGUUUGAGUAUCGUGCUGUUUUUCCGGAGGUGACCUCGGCGAUUUGAAUCGAAAUACCCUGUGACACUUGCUUUUAUGUCUGAUUACUGUUACCAUUGAUACUAUACCGUAGUAUCGGUGAGGCGCUUGGGAAUGUUGACUUAUUGUACUGGUAAAUCUUACUACAUGUUACUAAUACUACUGUUUCUUCCAAGGUUGAUUGUUACGGUGCGGGAUUUUUUUUUUUUUUCUUCCUUUGAACUCUGUCCCAACAUUCUAUUCCUUCUGUCCUUUCCACCAGUGUAUAGUUUUUGGAACUUAUUUGCAGUAAUCGGGUGAAUCCGU